CACUCCGCCUUGGACAUGCGCAGUGACGCCGGAGCAGCGCUAGAUGAAGGAAUGAUGGCGUCCUCGGCUGCCCGCUGCUCCUCACGCUGGAUUACAGUCAUCGUGUCCUCUGGACAUCGCAGGGCCGCCGGCGCAGUUGUGUGCGUUGGCCAUGGCGGGGUCCGAAGUAUAUCUACACUGGGAGCAGAAACAUUGUGGCGGGGAGGGAACCUGAUGUGUGGCGGAGCAGGGAAAGCGUUGACAUUGAGAGGGCUGUCAGGUAUCAAAUCUCCCCAUGCUGUCUCCACACUGUCCUUUCACACAAGUGCCCCUGUUAGCAGUAAGCAGGACUUCUACCAGGUCCUUGGUAUACCUCGCACAGCAACCCAGAAAGAGAUCAAGAAAGCUUACUACCAGAUGGCCAAAAAGUAUCACCCUGACACCAACAAAGAUGACCCACAAGCCAAGGAAAAAUUUGCUCAGCUGGCUGAAGCUUAUGAGGUCCUGAGUGAUGAAGUAAAGAGGAAGCAGUACGAUACCUAUGGCUCAACAGGCUUUGACGCUGGUCAGGCCGGUGGAGGGCAGCAGUACUGGACUGGACAGACCAGCCACGUGGACCCAGAAGAGCUCUUCCGCAAGAUCUUUGGGGAAUUCUCUGGAGGCCGUGGCUUUGGAGACUUCAAUGCCAUAUUUGAUCAGCCACAGGAGUACAUCAUGGAGCUGACGUUCACUCAGGCUGCAAAGGGAGUCAACAAAGAGAUAUCUGUUAACAUAGAAGCAGCCUGCGAACGCUGUGAUGGUAAAGGCCAUGAGCCAGGCACCAAAGUUCAGCACUGCCACUUCUGCAACGGCUCCGGCAUGGAGACAGUGAACACGGGCCCGUUUGUGAUGCGCUCCACGUGUCGUCGCUGUGGCGGCAAAGGCACGGUCAUCUCCACCCCCUGUCACUCCUGCCGUGGGGCGGGGCAGACCAAGCAGAGGAAGGCUGUGAUGGUUCCUGUGCCUGCAGGAGUGGAGGAUGGUCAGACAGUCAGAAUGCCAGUUGGUAAGAAGGAGAUCUUCAUCACGUUUAGGGUCCAAAAAAGUCCCCUGUUCAGGAGGGACGGUGCAGACAUCCACUCUGACCUUUUUAUCUCUGUGGCCCAAGCUCUCCUGGGCGGCACGGCCAGGACACAGGGCCUUUAUGAAACACUAAACUUAUCCAUCCCUGCAGGCAUCCAGACAGACCAGAGGAUUCAUCUGGCAGGGAAGGGAAUCGCUCGUGUCAGUGGCUAUGGCUAUGGAGACCAUUAUGUCCAUGUCAAAAUAAAAAUACCCAAGACACUGACAGACAGACAAAAAGCUCUGCUAAUGAGCUUUGCUGAGGAUGAGACAGACGUUGAGGGGACGGUGAACGGUGUCACUGCCACCACCACAGAUGGGGGCAGCAGUGGUAAGCGGUCUGAGGCAGGGCAAAGCAGGCAUGGCAAGAAGGAAGGAGAGUUGAAACAAGAGGGGGGCUUCUUCUCCAAAUUAAAGAAAUUGUUUAGUUCUUCUUGACAGCCACAAACCAGGUAAAAGGUCAUCCUGGAACUGACAAGCUUCAUCAGUAGGGCAGAGGGGUGGACGGCGUAAAGUAAGAACAGCCAUAUUCUAAAGGAGCAGGUGCUUCAGGAGUAUUGGAUGAGGUCCACAGAGGUUCUGGAACGCAUCAGUACGGACCUACCUACCCAGUCCUGCAGUGAAUAAGGCAGAGGAUUACCUGCUCUAUAACUCUGCCAAAGUGAAUCCACACACAAGAGGGUGUUCAGGCGCACAAAUCACCUCUCUGUCAAAUGUCCAUUGAGGCCAUUUGGGCAGCAAAGACUUUAACAUUUAUUGCAACAGUCGGUCCAUGUUGGUUUUCAGUUUAUCAUCAGUAAGAACAACAUGAUACUAAAAGAAUCCAUGCGCACAGAAAUCAAUUAUUGUAUUGACAGAUACAACAGAUAAGUUUUUUGGGGUGGGGUACGUGAAGCUCCUAUCCUUUUAGUUCUGUAUGCUUUGGCUGUGUUUUCAUGAAUACUUAUGUCUGCAGUAGUCUCCUGUCUCAGAUUAAGGAACUGUGGUUAGAUAAAGUUGACUCGGGCUUUCCUUGUCUGUGAACACUGAUGACCGGACUGUCCCUCUUUUGACCCUUUUUAAAAACGAGAGUAAAUUCACUUGAGUUCUGCACCUUCAUUGCAUUUGUACAUACAGUAGACAAUUGUGGAUCAUAAAGUUGCAUCAAUGUGUGACAUAGAAGAGAUGUACUGUACGUAUAUAAUAAAGCUAUGGUCUGGGAAAAA